AAUUACCAGAAUCGCCCUUCUCUCUCUCUCUCUCUCUCUCUCUGAUCUCCGCAAUGACCAAAACCACCGUGCCCCAAUUAUGAUAUCAUUCUUCAACGAUUCCUUUGGUUCUGCUGUCAUGGUGGGGAGGAGCAAGGGAGGAGGAGGGCGAGGGCAUGUUGGCUUCUCCAUAACUCUAGAAUAAAAAGCUCUCAGCAUCUUCCUUUCCUCUUUGCUGGUGGCUUCCGUAUUCCCUCUUCCUUUUUCUGUUUUCCUUCUUUCAUCCUCCCUCCUCUCCAUCUGUAUCUCUGCCUCGCGCUGCAAUCUCGAAAAGAAAGAGGAUAGGAGGAGAGGAAGGGGCAGACAAAGAAGGGAAGGGCAACCCUUUAUUUAUGAAUGGAAUUCGAUAACAUAGAGUGCAUCUCGUCCUCCGAUGGGAUCGACGAAGACGAGCCGUCCUUCUCGAAGCCGCAUGUCCCCUCCACGAUCUCCCCCGCUACGAGCGUCCAUGAACUCCUGGAAUGCCCAGUCUGUACCAAUUCCAUGUACCCACCAAUUCAUCAGUGCCACAAUGGGCAUACGCUCUGCUCUACAUGUAAAUCAAGAGUCCAUAAUAGGUGUCCGACAUGUAGACAGGAGCUUGGAGACAUUCGGUGCCUAGCUUUGGAGAAGGUGGCAGAGUCACUUGAACUUCCCUGCAAGUACUACACACAUGGCUGCCCAGAGAUAUUUCCAUACUACAGCAAGCUUAAACAUGAAGCUCAGUGCAACUUCAGGCCAUACAACUGUCCAUAUGCAGGCUCUGAAUGCUCUGUUGUUGGAGACAUUCCCUUCCUUGUUUCUCAUCUGAGAGAUGAUCAUAAAGUUGACAUGCAUACUGGAUGCACGUUCAAUCAUCGCUAUGUCAAGUCCAAUCCACGUGAAGUUGAAAAUGCAACUUGGAUGCUGACAGUUUUCUAUUGUUUCGGACAAUAUUUCUGCUUGCAUUUUGAAGCUUUCCAACUUGGGAUGGCACCGGUAUACAUGGCAUUCCUGCGCUUCAUGGGUGAUGACAACGAAGCCAGGAAUUUCAGCUACAGUCUUGAGGUUGGUGCUAACGGAAGAAAGUUAACAUGGGAAGGCAUUCCUAGGAGUAUCAGAGAUAGCCACCGGAAGGUCCGGGACAGCCAUGACGGUCUGAUUAUUCAAAGGAAUAUGGCACUUUUCUUCUCUGGAGGGGAUCGGAAAGAACUAAAACUACGAGUCACGGGCAGGAUAUGGAAGGAGCAGCAGAACCAAGAUGCAGGUGCAUGCAUACCAAAUCUCUGUAGCUAAAAUUUUGAUGCUUAUGCAGUUGGUGCCUGAUCAUUUAUGUAUUGGGAUCUAUGUUGGAUGAACCAUGUAGGGAUAUAAAAAUGUUCCAGCAAAUGCAGUCAAUAUGAACAUGUAUUUAUAAGUUUUUUGUGUUUCUGAAUUCCUGUGUAAUAAGGUGUCCUCUGCUUAUGUUGCCCCCGUUUACGUAGUUAAUACUACAUUCGUAACGAUAUUUAUAUAUACCUCUA